UGUCACGUGUUGUUGCCGGAACGAAAUACGAGUGCGCGUUAUUUUAUGAAAUAAACAAUCGUAAUUUAUAAUUAUAUUUUGUACCAUUAUGUAAUGUGUGUUAUGUGAUUUCAAUAAUUCUACAUUAAAUUUUAAAGACAAAAAAAAUGGGUAAAUCAAAGUCAAAGAAGAAGAAAUGGGUUAAAAAUUUGGAAUCUGAAUCUACAGAAUCAGAGAUUCCUAUACCAAAUUUGCCAGAAAAAAUCCUUUUAAUGCGAGUAAAAAGUGGUACAAAAAUCAGAAAUGUUCUUGGAUAUGCGUUAAAAGAAUUCGCAAAUUAUAAUUGUAUUGUUUGGACCGCAGCAGGUCAUGGUAUUGGAAAAGCUAUUUCCUGUGCAGAACUUUUCAAAAAGAAACAAGAAGGCCUUCAUCAAAUCACUAGAUUACGUUAUGUGGAAUCGCAGAAAUCAAAAGAGGAAAAUAAAACUAAUGUAAAUGUAGAAACUCGUCAUGUACCAGAAAUACAUAUUUUUCUCGGAAAGGAAGUAAAAGAUAUAUCCGUACCUGGUUAUCAAGCACCUGGUGAUAAUGGACAAUUCAUAAAUAACGAAGAUAUAAAAAAUGGAGAAAAAGAGAAGAAAGAAGAAACUGCUAAUAAUUUGAGUUGUAUUAAUGCCGAAGAAUUUGCAGCUAUGGGUUUGAGAACUGGUCAAAAAAGAUCAAAGAAAGAGCAUCAAACAGAAGCACCACCAAAAAAAAAUAAAAAAAGAGAAAACGAUGAUCAAUAAAAUUAAAUUGCAUGUUAUAUAAAAUUCGAUCAGUAACGAAUAUAAUUCAAAUAAU